UUUAAGCUGAGCCACGUUUUCCUGCUGCACGGGGCCACAGAAAUAUAUAUAAACGAGGCUUAAAUGUGCCGAGGUCCUGUUUGUAAGCUGCUACUUCCCCGGCUACCCUGAUUGCCUUUCCAGCUUUCCAGAGUUGUAACGCCGCCGGUGCAAUGACCAAAUUUCUAUGCUGCACGCUGCUGUUAUUGGACAUCUCAGUCAAAUGGACAGUCCAGGAAACUCUUCCUCCAAAGUAUCACCAUUAUGAUCGUAUCACCUCCCGCCAGCUGACGUGUGACCAAUGUCCUCCAGGAACCUAUGUCAAACAGCAUUGUACAGCCUCGGCGAAGACAGAAUGUGCUCCUUGUCCAGAUCAAUCUUAUGCAGAUGAAUGGAACAAUAAUGAAAAAUGUCAGUACUGCAAUGUGGUAUGCAAGGAACUGCAAUACGAAAAGAUCAAAUGCACCAGCACCGGAAACCGAGUCUGUGAGUGUGUAGAAGGACGAUACCUCAACCUUGAAUUCUGUUUGAAGCACACAGCAUGUCCUCCUGGAUUUGGCGUUGUUCGAAAAGGUACCCCUGAAAGCGACACCGUUUGCGAGAGAUGUCCAGAAGGAUAUUUCUCUAAUGAUACAUCAUCCAAAGCUGCUUGUCAAAUGCACACUAACUGCAGUGCCCUGAGUCUCAAAUUGGUGCAGAAGGGAGACUCCACACAUGACAAUGUGUGCCAGGGAGAAGACAGUGACAAAUUGGAUCAGCAGUGUGGAAUUGAUGUCACCUUGUGCGAAGAAGCCUUCUUCAGGUUCAUUGUGCCUAAAAAACUAUCUUCCACCUGGCUGAAUACCCUCAUGGACAGUUUGCCUGGGGUGAGGAUCAAUCUUGAAAACAGAGAAAUAAUUAAGCAGAAGAGCAGCCUGCAAGAUCAGACGUUUCAGCUGCUGAAGUUAUGGAAAGAGCAAAAUAAGGGCCACAGUACAGUCAAGAAUAUUGUCCAAGGUAUCAAACUUUGUGAAAAUAGUGUUUCAAAACACAUCGGCCAUCUCAACAUCACCCUUGAGCAGCUCAAUAUUCUGAUGGAAAAUUUGCCAGGGAAAAAUGUGGGCAGAGAAGAAACGGAACAGAUUUUUAGGAUGUGCAAAUCCACAGAGCCAAUUCUGAAGCUCUUGAAUUUGUGGAGGCUAAAAAACAAAGACCAAGACACCAUCAAGAGCUUGAUGUUUGGACUAAAGCAUCUGAAAUCAUACCACUUCCCCAAAACAACAGUUCAAGGUUUUCGGAAAGUGGUGAAAUUCGUUCACAGCCUCACAAUGCAUAAAUUAUACCAGAAGCUUUUCUUAGAAAUGCUGGGAAACCAGAUCCAUUUGGUUAAAAUGAGACGUGGGUAGUUUUAAGUUCUCUGAUCUUUCAUUUGCCACUUGCUGCUAGCAAUAAUUAAAAUGGGGGAGGGGAAUGUUUUCCUAUAUGAUAAUUCUUAUUUAUAUUUAUAUGACUGACUGGGAUAGCUUAGACUAUCUUAGAACUUUUGUGGUUGUUUUGUAAUAUUAAAAUGCUUAUCUGGACUCUGACUCCAUCCAAGAAUUCCAGUGAAUUCCAUGGACAUAGAGAGAAACAAUAGCAAAACAAACAAACAAAAAAGCAUCCCAAUUUGCUAUUUAUAUUAAUUUGAAAUCUAAAUUGUUGCAUGUAUUUAUGAACUUCAUUGGCAACUAUUUGAGAUUAAGUGCUGAAGCAGAUGACCACUCAUUAUAGAAUCAUAGGGCUGGAAGGACCUUGGAGAUGUUCUAAUCCAACCUCCUGCCCAAGGCAGGAGUCCAUCCCAGACAAACCAUGUCACUGUUUAAACAUUUAUGGCCCACAGUGUUUUAAUCAGGGGUGAAAUGUAAAAUUUGUUACUACCGGUUCUGUGGGCGUGGCUUGGUGGGGGUGUGUGUAAUGUGACUGGAUGGGCGUGGCCAACUUUUUUUUUUACUUUUAAAAGCAUUUUUUUCUACAACCUCUUCAGCCGAAGAAAAAAUCCUUUUAAAAGGCUCCUCUGACUAUCUCAGCUGAGUUGCCUGAUUUUCGGAAGCUUUUCUUUUCUUUUAAAAGCAUUUUUUUUGCCUUUAAAAGAAAAAAAAGCCUCUGAUGAUCAGGCAACUCAGCUGGAAUCGCCAGAGGAAAAAAAAGCUUUUAAAGGGUUCUGAUGAUCCCAGCUGAGUUGCCUGAUCGCCAGAACCUUUUAAAAGCAUUUUUUACAGCCUCUUUGGCCGAAGAAGAUGUAGAAAAAAUGCUUUUAAAUGGUUCUGACAAUCCCAGCUGAGCUGCACGAUCAUCAGAGGCUUUUUUUUUUACUUUUAAAAGCAUUUUUUCGGCCGAAGAAAAAAUACUUUUAAAAGUAAAAAAACCCAAAAACCUCUGAUGAUCGCACAGCUCAGCUGGGCAUGGUCGGGGGUGGGAGGGGGAGGGAUUUUUGCUACCGGUUCUCCGAACCAUCUGCCGCCAUCGCUACUGGAUCACAUGAUCCGGUCCGAACUGGGAGCAUUUCACCCCUGGUAUUAAUGGCCCUAAAACUUCAUUUUCCAGCCCUUCAAAGUCCCUAGUGUGGUGUCACGGAAAUUCAAUAUUAAAUCAAUAACAGAUUUUCUCCUCAAUUUCAAAGAAAAAUAAAUCUCGCCAUGCAUUCAGAUGUGCUUUAUGCAUCUUAAAUGCAAAAUCCCUCCUCCCUUUAUCCCUAGUUAUAUAACAUCAUGGUAUUAUCUUAGUGUCCUUUGCUGUCCUGGGCUACUGAUCAUAAGAAGGGUGAGUCUUGGCUAGAAAAAAAAAAUGCUAAGCUCCUACAAAUGCAAAUCCACAAUAGAAGAAAAGCAUAAUUCCAUUUGCAUAAAGAGGCCAGUGGCUAUUCAUCCUCUACUACCAGAAUAGUAUUUCUCAAACGUAUCAGUCUAAUGAUGCAGGGAAGCGCUGGGGAAUUCUGGGAGUUGGAGUCCAUGCAUCUUAAAGUUGACAAUUUCUAAUGUUUCUCAACCAUGGCAACCUUAAGAUGUAUGGACUUCAACUCCCAGAAUUCCCCAGCCCAUCCACACAUCUUAAAGCUCACAAGUUUUGAGAAACACCGGUCUACCCAUUUCUCCACUAUGUUUCAAGCUACUCCUUACUUAGACUUCUGUCAUGAAGCACAUACCAGGCUCCAAAACAGGGCCAGCGGUACUUAUUUCACGCACAAAAGCUUCAAAAAGUACCACCCAUUUUUUUUGCUAUAGAGAAAUAACUAUAAAUGAUUGCUAUAGUUCCAAUUCAAUAGGUCCAAAAUCUCUAAAUUCUGCCAUAGUGGCUAGUUCCAUAUUUCUCCAUUUUUGCCACUGUGGUCUUUAGAUGGGCAGAAAUUACAGUUCCCAAUAUUGUUAGCCUGCAGGUGUCAAAUUGGCCAAGGUAAAUUGGUCUAUUUUUCAGUGUUCCUACCAGUUCAGUCCCAAAUCUCCUGCCAUGUUCACUUCUCUUAAAUGAACUUGAAUUACUAUAAGGAAACAAAAUGUUUCUUUUUUUUGUCUGUGUAAAAAAUUAAGUAACAUAUCCUUCCUUUCUCCCUCCAAGCCCCUGAUUCAUUCAUCAUUUUUUUUUCUUUUACAAAAAAACACAAACUCUACCAUCUAAAGCCAUUUUUUUCCUCUUUCUAAGUGGCAUCAUGCAUUGCAGGCUUAAAGCUUGCUCUAAACAAGCAGUUACAUUAAUUGUUUCUUGCAGGGGGAAAAAAAGCAUAGUUGUUUUGUUUCCUUUUGCAAUUUAAUCUUGAAUGUAUGAAGGAAUCUUAAAUUUGAAUUAUAAAUAGGUUGCAGAACUUCAGUGAUGUCAUCAGAACAAACAGGCUGUCUAAUCUUUUGUAUUGUCUGUUGGCUGACUUCUAAAGUUGAUAAAACUUCCAAGUCGAAAGUUUUUUGUAUGUUUUUUCACCCUCCAAUUUACAGAGGGGGAAAUGAAUGGAAUGUGUACUGUUUAUUUUCAAGCUAAACGGGAUGGGGAGAUAUUUAUAAUAUGUUAUGUUUUGUAGUAAAUCUUUCCGUCAUUCUUCCUCUGUGGAUUUUUAAAGAUGAUUUCUUAGGUGUGUCUGUAUAGAAUGUAAUAUCUUUUGGAAAUUAUUUCCAGGAAAAGAAAAGAAAAAUAUGUUGCAAGUAGAUCAUAAAGAAGCUGUACAUUUUGUUUUAGAACAUGAAUGUACCCUAUUUAAAGAUGAGUUUUCAAGUUGGAUUUUUGACCUUGUUUUAUAAAGCUAUUUUUUUCAUUUAAAAUCUGUGGCUUGUUGAUUCUUUUGUCUCACAGUCCCUAAAAAACUCUGUUUUGUCUACUUCAAAAAUCAAAAGGUGGAGUGGUGGGAUUCAAAUAAUUUAACAACCAGUUCUGUGCCCUAAUGACCGACUGGGUGAGUUUGGCCAUGGUGGGGGUGGCCAGAGGUGUGUUUCAGGCAGUACUCGGCCUCCUGCACCCCCCCUGGGAGCAAAAAUGGGACACAGGGGAUGCUGCCCCCACCACACCC